AUGCCUUUCUCACCAAUUAAUCCACUUUGUCCACCAAAAAUUGUCGGUCAUCAUACACUUCCUCCCUUGACCACUGUCAUCAUGAACAUUGUCACAUCCUUGUUUGAAUAUCCUGCAUCAUUUACACACACAUCUGUAGCUCAAGAGGUUCUCGCUAUACACAUUACACAUCCUUCAAUGAAUUCACCACUAUUCAGCCCUUCGGCCUGUAGAAAUCAAAUUACUGCUUGUACUUCAGGCAGCUAUCCACUUACAAAUUAUACAUUUGGAACAAAAGAACCUUUGUUUGAGAAAGAUAGCUCUGUUCCAGCUCGAUUUCGGCGCAUGAGAGAAGAAUUUGAAAAAUAUGGGAUGCGUCGCUCUGCUGAAGGGGUUCUGUUGGUACAUGAACAUGGUUUACCUCAUGUAUUACUCCUACAAUUAGGUACCACAUUCUUCAAGCUACCUGGAGGAGAAUUGGAUCCAGGUGAAGAUGAAAUUGAAGGAUUAAAAAGAUUAAUGACGGAAAUAUUAGGUCGUCAGGAUGGUGUUCAACAGACAGACUGGAUUAUAGAAGACACUGUGGGAAAUUGGUGGCGACCAAAUUUUGAACCUCCACAGGGUUCUCAAAUCACCUAUGGAUUGUAUGUUCUAACAUUGUUUGCUGUUCCGAAAAAUUAUAAACUUGUUGCUGCUCCUUUGUUUGAGUUAUAUGAUAAUGCUCAAGGGUACGGACCUAUAAUUUCUAGCCUUCCUCAAGCACUCAGCAGGUUUAAUUUCAUCUAUAUGUGAAGAUGUUUUUGUGGUUUUUUUUAUAAGUACGCCAUAUCCCUUCAUUUGUUUUGCCCAAAAUUUUCCAGUAUGCUCCCCAGUUUUAAAAUAAAGUACAUUUAUAUUUCUGUAUAUUGCAUCAUCAGUGCAGCAGUUUCAAUAAAAGGAAAAAAAUUAAAGAAUGAUUUUUUUUUAAUAAAAAAAUUCUUCUUUUGUUUAUUAUUUAAUUCAUGUAAAUAAGUACAAAUCCAUGUCUUGUAAUUUCUACUUAUUUGGUGCAGUGUAAAUAUUCAUUAAAUCUCAUUAUGUAAAUUUUUCAUUUGUAAUAUUUCUACUUGUCAUUUCAUUUUUUGUAUUAUUUUAAAAGUACCGAAAAAUAUAGUAAUAUCAACAUAUACUUGAAUAAACCAUCAUGUUAACUGAUAAGUUUACAGUUUGGAAUUAAAUUCUUAAUAAUAAUAAUGGAAUAUUAAUUUAAAGUUUUAAUUAUUCUAUAGUUUAUCAGUUAAUCUUUUUAUAUAUUCUUUCCCCAUGUAUCAGUUAAUUUUCUUCUGUCCCGUCUUGAUCUUAAAUAUUGUUUUAUAUAUAAAAUCAUUAGAUAUGGUGAUUUUUAUGGACAAACGUGCUAAUUUUGUAAUAUACAAUAGAUAAAUGUUGCACAGUUGUAAGAAUAAAAAAGGAAAACUUUCUAAUAGAAUGGAUUCUUUAUAACUGUGUGAUUUAUAUAUUGUUGUUAGUGACUGAUAUGUAAAGAAAAUUACAUAUAACUUUUAAAAAAUUUUUGUGAAGUAAAAUGUAAAUAAGAAAAGGUUCCACUACAAACAUCAGAUAGUAAAAAAUUGUAUAAUUUAUAUAAAUUGAGAAUAUUUUUCACUUAAAAUUAAUGCGAUUCCAUAUCGAGCUGUGUUCACGGCUUUAAUUUAAGAUAAAAUUUUAAAGCAUUGACUCUCAAGGCAGAACAUUUUUUUUCUGUAAAUAAAGAAAAUCCAUUAAACUCA